AUGCGGGAGGGGGGGGGCGGGUGUGGGCGUGGGCGGGGUAGGUCGGGGUCUGGGUGGUGGGCUGCGGGUGUGGGCGUGGGGGGAGGGGGUGAGGAGAGGAUUGAUGAGUCGGAUGUAGUUUGUGAGAUGUUGGGGUUGGGGUCGGGGCGGUGGGGCGGGGGGGGGGUGGGGGGGGAGGGGUGGUUAGUUGGGGGGGUGGGUGUGAGUGGGGGGGUGGGGGGGGGAGAGUGUGAGCGGACGGGGCGGGGGGGCACGACACAGGGGGCAAUAGUCGACCCGAAUAAAAUCACAUGA